AUGCGAGGAGAUCUGGAUCAGGCGAAGACGGAGCACUUGAACCAGGGUUGGUUUCAAGCGGCAGCAAAGCAAAUGGCUACGAAUGUUAAGAACAGUGUCGUGCGGAACUUUGCCGAACGACUGCGAACGUACGUCAUCGAGCAUUAUGAACUGAAGCGUGCUGCCGCACAUGGGGCUCUCAACAAGACGUUUGCUACCGAGGAGUUCGAUCCUACGUACGUUCGCGUGGUAGACCCCGUCAUUACAGAGCUGCGCAAGAAGAUCCCGCGGACGAAAGACGGUAAAAUCAGCUGGGUACCUCACGACUUGCUGCCGAUGUUCUACGAGUUCCUGCAGCUCGUCGAGGAGUCCAACGAGGAAAAUAUGGACAAUGCGGACUUCGUGGAGAAGCGGACGUUCUCUCUGCUUCCGACCAAGCGCGGGUUCGAGGCCAGCUACUGCAAGGUUGACUCAACUGGACUGAAGUCGCUGCUCAAGCGCAGUCCGGGCGUUAGCCGUGGUCUCUGGGUUGUUCAUGACGGACAGAUGUGGACAUUGGAAGACAGCUUAAAAAAAUAG